CCUCUGGGGCCCGUGGGCAGUGUCAUUUCUAAGUAAGUAGUACGUACUAAGUAGUAACACAGUCAGGAAUCGAUUCCAUUGGACACUGUAAACACUUUAACAGACCUACGCGCCAGUGAUCGCGUAGCUCUCGCUCUCGCUCUCGCUGUACCCAACACUCUCUCCUUCUUACUUUGCUUCUUGCGUUAGUGAACUCGGAAGCGUCAGAACUGAAAUGAACUGAACCGAAUUACUCAGCUCCUUCACUUAUCUGACUACUGUGGCAGCGUGUGUUCUCCACGCGCUGCCUCUCUGCCUCUUCAGUUGCUUCGCUCUCUCGCCGAUCAGGCUGAUUUUGUUGCUUAUUAUUUUGCAAACAUUUUGUCAGAGGCUUAAUUGGUGCAAUUUUUGGUGGAUUGCUAACAAUUCUUUAUAAGAAUUGUUGCAUUUGUUUUAUCUUGACAUGGAUUCCUCGAAUUCAAAUGCUGAGAAAGCAAUAGUGCCAAAGGAAGAGAUCUUGGACUUUGAGUUACCACCUGAACCCUUGUACUCAAGGCAUGUUGGGGACAAUGUUGCAAGUUCAUCAGGAAGCAGUAUAAAGUCAUUCUUUAUUGGAAUGGGAUUCUUACCCUCUCUUGUUGACAAAGUGAUUGAGGAAAAGGGUGAAGAGAAUGCUGAUUUGUUAUUGGAAACUCUCAUUGCAUAUUCUGAUCUUCAAAAAUCGAAUUCUGAGUCAUCAGAUUCUUUAGAUAGCUUGUUUGAUGACAAGGAACCUUGUAGCCCAGAAAUUGCAACUCCAACAGUUGUUCAACCAAAAGAGGAGCCUGAUGUACAUAAUGGAUUUGGUGAUGACAAAAGAGCAUCCUUACUGAUGAUGAAUUUCUCUGUAAAUGAAGUUGCAUUUGCAAUCGAUAAGCUUGGUGAAGAUGCUCAAAUAACUGAAUUAGUGGACUUCAUAACUGCUGCCCAAAUAGCUGAAGAGCUUGAAAAGGACGCAGAUGAUACAACUCAGGGGGAUGAAGUUAGAAAUUCAAGUGAUAGCCCAAUGCAUGCUAAUAAUGAAACCCUGUUUGGGACUAUGGAGAAAACACUGCGUUUGCUUGAAAUGGGUUUCUCUGAGAGUGAAGUUUCAUCUGCAAUUGAGAAGUACGGUUCAGAGAUUCCAGUUUCAGAACUUGCUGACUCCAUUUUUGCAGAUCAAAUUUCUAAGAGCUGUGUUGGAGGAUCUGAGUAUUCCUCAUAUGCUUUUGGAACUGUAAAAGUGAAGACAGAGGAUUAUAGUUUCGAUGCUGUUUCUCAUUCGAGAAAUAUGAAUGGUUCUGUAUCUCAUGCGAGAAAUAUGAAUGGUUCUGUAUCUCAUUCGAGAAAUAUCAACGGUAGUGCUGUAUCUCAUUCAAGAAAUAUUAACGGUGCUGCUGUAUCUCAUUCGAGAAAUAUCAAUGUUGAGCAAACCUUUAAAGGAAAAAGGCCAAAACAAGAGUCUUUUGAUGACUGUCCAGAUUCUGUUUCUCAGUCUAGGAAUAUUAAUAUUGGGGGAAAUAGUAAGGGGAAAAGACCGAAACCGGAGAAUAUUGAUGACUCGAGUUCUUUUGUUGACUCUACGUGGAUUGAAGAAAAAGUCGACCCAAAAAUCACCAGAUACGGAAGGCCGAAUCUAUUCAGAGAAAAUCCGUCCAAGAGUCUUGAUAGAAUGGUAGCUAAACCUCCAUAUUUCUGUUAUGCAAAUGUUGUGAAUAUAUCUCAUGACUCUUGGGCAAAAAUUUCACAGUUCUUAUAUGCCCUUGAGCCUGAAUUUGUUAAUACCCAGUUUUUCUCAGCCUUGAGUAGAAAAGAAGGCUAUGUACACAAUCUUCCUACUGAAAAUAGGCUGCACCUCCUUCCAAAGCCUCCAAUGACCAUCGAAGACGCUAUACCACAUACUAAGCAAUGGUGGCCAUCAUGGGAUACAAGGAAGCAGUUAAACUGCAUCAGUUCUGGAACCAGUGGAACAUCUCUGCUCUGUGAUAGGCUUGGAAGGAUGUUAACUGAUUCUCGAGGACUGCUCUCAUCUGAACAGCAGAGAGAUAUCCUUCAUCAUUGCCGGACAUUAAAUCUUGUGUGGGUUGGCCAGUAUAAAUUGGCUCCUAUGGAACCUGAACAUAUAGAGCGUAUUCUAGGCUAUCCAUUGAAUCACACUCAAGCUGCUGAGAAUAGUUUAACAGAUAGGUUUCAAUCACUCAAAUACUGCCUCCAGACAGACACGUUGGGCUAUCAUCUCUCUGUGUUGAAGUCAAUGUACCCAGGAGGGUUAACAGUGUUGUCAUUAUAUAGUGGAAUUGGUGGGGCAGAAAUCACUUUAAACCAGCUUGGCAUUCCUUUGAAAGGUGUUGUGUCUGUAGAAACCUCUGAAACAAAGAGGAUGAUUCUCAGAAGGUGGUGGCAAAGUAGUGGACAAACUGGGGAGUUGGUGCAGAUUGAAGACAUUCAGAAGCUAACAAGUAACAAGAUUGAGAAUCUCAUUAAAAAAUUCGGCGGUUUUGACUUCGUCAUUUGUCAAAACCCAUGCAUUCACUUCCCAAGUUCUAAAAUAGCUGUAGAAGAUGACUCUCUCAUAGGUUUUGACUUCUCACUGUUUUAUGAGUUUGUUCGUGUUUUGCAACGUGUAAGAAGUAUGGUGGAAAGAAACAGGUGAGUUGCUCGCAUUUUUUUUCCCUACUAUGCUUGUUCUGGUACAUCUAAUUAACCAAUGAUCAGCAGAAUUGUUCUUUGCUUGA